UUCAAGUGGGAGGAUAUCGUAAAAAAGCGGGUGUCCCAUAUCCUAACUUGUACGCAAGCAAAGAAGAGGCGGAAAAGGAUCGAAGCAAAUUAAUUUUCAAUUGCUACCAAAGGGCUCAUCAAAGCACUCUUGAACUUUACCCUCAAUUCCUUUUAACUCUUAUGGUUGGUGGUCUAAAACAUCCUGUCCUAUCUGCUGUGGGUGGUGGCAUUUGGAUAUUGGGUCGAUUGGUUUUCGCCCGGGGCUAUCAAACCGGUGAUCCUGCGAAAAGAACUCGAGGAGCCUUUAGUUACAUUGGUGUUCUCACAUUAUUGGGUACUAGCAUUUCUACUGCCAUUAGUUUGUUAGCACAAUAA